UGUUUUAAAUAACCUAAUAUCUGAGGGAAAUGCUCGCUAUAAUCGACGUAAAUCUCUCGUCCUCCCCGAUAAAAGAAUAAAUUAUCGUACAGGCGUGCGAGAAACUCAUGGAUCUUCAUUACUCUAGCCGCAUUUUAAGGGAAGUGAGUGGAUAGGAAUGUUAUGCUAGGUGCUCUGAAAUCCACGAUAACCAAGCCACGAUGUCGAUGGAAGAUCAUGCAAAAGAAUUCAACCUGCACUUCAAGCAUUUAUUUUUCAACAAGGAAAACGACACAUCAGAGGCUAGGGGCUUAAAUUCGUGGCUGUGCUCUUAUGACGUCAAAAACGGCAGCAAUGUACCAAACCUCUCGGCUGGCUGCCCGAUGUUCCAUGACAACAUGCGUCAGUUUCUGCUGGACGACUCGACACCGUAUACGCCGUCGCCGGAACAUCGAUUCUUCACCUAUGUCACACCGGUAAUUGCCGUCUUUGGUGUGGUUGGAAACUCAGUAUCCCUAAUGGUGUUCUUGUCGAAAAACAUGCGCAAGCUUUCUGCCAGCAUGUAUCUGAUCGCUUUGGCAAUAUCCGACAUAAUGUCAAUUUUGUUGUAUGUACUACCUGAAUGGCUAAAGCAUGGAGAACCGUUGCUCUCUGGAUACAGUUGGCCACCACUGCUACAGCAAAAUGGCGUGUGUAAGUCUGUUUUAUAUAUUCAGUAUAUCGCUAGAUUCUUGUCAUCCUGGUUUGUCGUGUUCUUCACCAUUGAACGGUUUAUCGGUGUCUGUUUCCCGCUACGCCGAAAAGAUCUUUGUGACCCCCGGUCUGCAGCCAGGGUCAUACUCGGCGCCGUCGUUGUUGCAUCAGCCGGUUGCGUAUUCAAACCCGUUCUCAGUGGUUCCUUUCCCACAAUCAGCGGCGCUAUGCUGUGCACGAGCGACAAGGAACACCAGUACCUCUCCUUCAUUCUAGACAGCAUAUUUGGAGUGAUUAUUACAUUUAUUCCGUUCAUCCUGAUCACCGUUCUCAACGUGUUCAUCAUACGUAGGCUCGUGGUAAGGAAUAAACGUAGUAGACAAAUACGCGUCGUUACAACGGAAUCAAUUAUUCGACUGGAAUUCACGUUCAUUCUUUUGGCGAUGUCAAUUUGUUUUGUUGCGCUUAACCUUCCAUACUUUGCUGUAUGGUGCAAACGUUACUGGAAAAUACGUCAGAUGUUCAACUUGCACAUGAUGUCGCCGACCACACUACAAAACCAUGCCAACCAUAUAAGCGAUCUUGACGACACCCUUCACGUCACAAGGACAAUAUUAUACACUAACUAUUGCAUAAAUUUCUGUCUUUACUCGGUGACGGGGGCAUAUUUCCGAAAAGAACUAAAGCACCUCUUCUGCAAACGUGACAAAAACAUCAGAUUGAGCUAUGCGCACAGAUGUUCGGCGUACAAUACAAGGGCUCAUUCCAUGGCCUCCCCGCAAACCAGUCUCCUUUAAUCUACUUUACAAAUUGAAUAUAAUGCUUAUAGUAAUAAUUGCUUCUCUUUUUUGUGUUCCCUUGUGUAAAUGAACUAAACUUAUGUCAACUUCAAAACAUAUUCCAAUUAAACUGUAUAACUUGUUAUGUAUAUAGCCAGAAAGAACUAAUGUCUUAUAGUUGAUCUCGAAUUGUACAUUAAAUGUAUGUACCAAA